AGGACAUCCUUUGACGUGCAUCAUCAAUCCAGUGCUAGUCGCGCUUUUUCUCUCUAGUCUUCACUCUACUCGAGCCCAACCAAAUGGAACCAUUCGAGACAAGGCUAUACGAUGUGCUAGGGGUGUCACCAGAUGCGACGGACAGCGAAAUCAAGAGGGCAUACCGACAGAAGGCGAUGGAACAUCACCCUGUAUGUCUCUCUGUCGCUGAUUUGAGAGUCGUUGACCGUUUUUAGGAUAAGAAUCGUAAUGAUCCGGGAGCGAGCGAAAAGUUCCAGGACUUACAAGCUGCUUAUGAGACACUGAGUGACCCUGAUCUGCGACACGCCUACGAUGUUGGAGGAAUGGAAGGCUUGCGUGGUCCGGGACCCGGUGGCGUAUAUCCUGCCGAUUUCUUUGCGCAAUUUUUCGGUGGAGGGUCCGGCGGAUUCAGCUUUGAUUUUGGUCCUGGCGCGGGCAGAGGAGGGGGCAGAGGGAAAGGGGAAGAUACCAUUGUACCCCACCCUGUGACUCUGGAGGAUCUCUACAAUGGCAAGACGCUAAAGCUGAAUUUGGAGAAACAGGCUUUGUGCGGCACUUGUAAAGGAUCUGGUGCUCGUGGUGCGGCAAAGCCUAAACCUUGCGGGAUAUGUGAAGGAAAAGGAUGGACAACGGCACAGAGAAGUGAGGGUUCAUAUUUGACAACCUCCCGAGUGCCUUGUUCCAGCUGCGAUGGUUCCGGAGAACGCCUGAAGGAAAAGGAUAGAUGUAAGAAAUGCAAGGGCGAGAAGACUGUGAAAGAGAAGAAGCGGUAUGAGGUUGUCAUAGAGCCAGGCAUGGGAGAUAAGCAGCGCAUAGUGCUUGCGGGUGCAGGCGAUGAGGAGCCCGGCUUUCCAGCAGGCGAUGUCGUGUUUGUUUUGCAACAAACACCUCAUGAGUCAUUCGAACGUUCCGGCAAUGACCUGCUUGCAAAUGUGUCUAUAACAUUGUCUGAAGCCUUGUUUGGGUUCGAGCGGAUACUGAUAACUCACCUGGACGGCCGUGGCAUCAAGGUCGUCAGCCCGGCUGGGAAGAUCAUCAAACACGCAGACACCAUCGUAUUACGAGGCGAAGGCAUGCCAUCCCAUAAACAACAUCGGUCGAAGGGAGAUCUCUAUGUCACUUUCACUAUAGAAAUGCCAGACGAAAGUUGGUUGAAGACUGUUGAUCAUCAGGCUUUAAUGUCCCUCAUUCCCCCCAAAAAGCGCGAUUUGGAGCCUCAACCCGCGGUUGUGUCGUCGGCCCCGUUUGAAGCAGCCGAUCUGGAGGAAUUCGGUGAGGCAGAAGAUGAUUGGGUCGAUGAUGAUGAAGACGACGAGUUCGGUACUGGCGGCCAGCCAGAAUGCCGCCCUCAAUGAUAUCGUGUGACAUCCAGUGCUACUCCCUCGAAGUUUGCUCUCGAAUAUUUAACUAUGGUACCAAGUAGUAUAGGUCACGUUCAAUAAUGAAUCCUUCUCAUCAGUCUUGAUUCGCUUUGACACAUCGUUAAUGAUGUCAUCACCGGUUUCUGUUCUUACCACAUGAGGAUUGCCUUGCUCAAACCUCUUCUGUCCCUCAUCUUCUGGGUGACAACGACAACCUCUACGUCGACACCGGCUCGCGUCCUCAUUUACACUGCUACGAAAGGCUUUCGGCAUGACUCCAUACCUACCGCUGUCCAAGCACUCAAAAAUCAGUCUCAGUCUCUGAAUAUCGUUUUCGACGCUACCGAAGAUGCUGGUCAAUUCACUGACCAAAACCUGGCUGUUUACGACGCUAUUGUCUUCAUUAGUACCACUGGCGAAGUGCUUGAUGACGGUGGGAAAGGUGUGCAUGCCUCGAGCGACUGCUUAAACACCUCAACAUUCUACGGCAAUGAAACUGGUGCCUAUUUCGAUUACCAUCCCUUCCUCCAGAAUGCGUCAGUGGAUGUAUUGGAAGCGUCUCAUCCGAGCGUGAAUAUGCUUCCUGCGCAGUGGCAUAUACAAGAAGAAAUGUACAACUUCAAAUCAGACCCCCGAUCUGUUGGAGCGGUGGUGGUUCUCGCGGCCAACGAGUCGAGCUAUAUUGACACCGGUGUGCGUCGAUUUGACCAAGGCAGCCCGCAUCCAUCCGCAUGGUAUCAAGAGCGCGGGGCCGGCGUACAGAGCGGACACAGCGCUGGGCGUAGCUUCUACACGAGCUUAGGCCACCUGAAUGAAACCUGGAAGGAUUCUCUUUUCAUCGCUCACGUCACUGGCGGUUUACUGUGGACCCUCUUCUCCAACACCACGAAAGCUUUUAAUAGCAGUGCACUGGUAGGGAACCCGCAAGCCACUUCGACGUCGUCCACCAAGUCAAUUCCUUCAGCGUCCGCUACGCAAAGCCCUGUUGGUAAUGGCCAUUCGUCAUCGGUGCGUCUCGCUCCAAGCUUGGCCCUUCCCCUACUUCUCUUCGGAGUUGUGAUCGCCGCAUUGUCGUCGCAUUAGUCGCUGACCUGCACAUACAAUCUGCUUGCAUAUUACCAUUCUUCGUUACACGCAUACCUCAAUCCAGAUUGUAGCUCUAAGUCGUUCAAACUUCGCCCGCACAAUGACUACAGGAUGACUUGAAGCACACUAAAUGGUAGCUGGAUCGCUCCUCUACGAAUCUGCCUGUCAUUUCAGCUUACCGCGCGGCCCACCUUCCCGUCCGCUUUGCGCGGUAGCUUAGUCCGAAAAAGAGUAUAAAGACUGUCUCUGCUCGAGAGAUCUCAAAAUUGACGCCUCCGGCCCAUCGACAUGAUCUCGCAAGUACUCUUCCCUGUUAUCAUCACCAUGCUCGCGUAUGUUGUGAUCUAUGCGAUCCAGUUUGUGUAUCGCGAUAUUUCUUCUCCCCUCCGCGGUAUGCCAGGGCCCAAGAACCCCAGUUUCAUAGUCGGGAACUUCAAGCAGAUGAUGGAUGAUGCUUUUGUCGUCGACGGAUGGAGACGCGCCUACGGCCCAAAUUUCCAGUUCAAGGGACUAUUCAAUCUUCGAGAACUGCACACUUCGGACGUGAAAGCUAUUAGUCAUAUCAUCUCGCAUUCUACCAUAUAUCGCAAGGCACAUUUCAACCUUCGUGUAGUCAAGCAGCUCUUCGGAGAUGGUCUUCUAUCAUCGGAGCUUGAUAGCCACAAACGCCAAACAUUGAUUAAUCGAAGAAUCCGGCCUUUUCGGCAGCCCAGAUCAGACGGAUGUCGGACAUAUUUGUCGAGCAGGCUGCGCAGCUUCGUGACGUCUGGGAUGCCCACAUUGAGGGUGAUAGCACUACCAUUGAGGCUCUUUCGUGGCUGCGACGAUCGACGUUGGAUGCGAUUGGACAAGCCGGCUUUAAUCAUCAGUUCAACAGUCUCAAGGAAGAGCCGGAUGAUCUCAGCUGUGUUCUUACCAAGCUCUUUCAUUCCCCGAACUCUCAACGCAACGGCGCUCUGCGGGUCGCGCAAGCGAUGAUACCGAUUCUGCGACUGAUUCGCAUGCCUGGAACGACGCAGCUGUUCGCUACGCGCGAGAAGAUGUUCAGCAUUAGCCGAGAACUUGUGAACCAAUGCAAAUCACUCACAGAGAAAGGUUCUCCAUCUUCUGGCUCGGAUCUGUUGUCGAUCCUAGUCGCAGCUAACAUGUCCGCCGACAUUCCUGAACACCAGCGACUGACAGAGGAUGAAGUCAUUUCUCAGAUACCCACUUUUUUCAUCGCUGGGCACGAGACAACCAGCUCGGCCAUAAGCUGGGCAUUGCAUGCCUUAUCGCUGAAUCAGACAGUUCAAUCCCGACUCCGAAACGAACUCUUAGCCAUUCCCACCGACACUCCAACUGCCGAACAACUCAACAGCUGCGAGUAUCUUGAAUGGGUCAUACGGGAAAACCUGCGUGUCCAUUCUCCUGUCACAUUCGUUUCGCGGAUGGCUAUGGAAGAGGACGCCCUUCCACUGGGAAGGCCGUACACUGACCAGGCUGGAAUCCAGCAUAACACGCUCCCCAUUCGAAAGGGACAGAUGAUACACAUUCCCAUCCUGGCAAUCAAUACGGAUCCCGAUAUCUGGGGGCUUGAUGCAGCAGAAUUCAGACCAGAGCGCUGGGCCCAGGUUCCCGACGCCG